AUGACCGCAACCGGAACCAAACGCAAUCCCCUCCCCCACGGAGUCUACGUACCAACCGUAGCCUUCUUCAAACCAGACGAAGAAGUCGAUCUCGAAACAGUCGAAAGACACGCCGCUUAUCUCGCCCGCAGCGGCGUCACAGGCCUAGUAACCCAAGGCAGCAAUGGCGAAGCCGUCCACCUAGACCGUGAAGAGCGCAAAUCCAUAACAGCUGCAACCCGCCGCGCCGUCGAUGCCGCCGGCUAUCCCAAUAUGCCCGUAAUCGCAGGCUGCGGCGCCGCCUCCACCCGCGAAACCAUCCAACUCUGCAACGACUCCGGAGCAGCAGGCGCAGACGCCGUUCUCAUUCUCCCACCCAGCUACUACAAGGCGCUGAUGAGCACCGAGUCUCUGCACGCGCAUUUCCGGGCUGUGGCAGAUGCGUCACCUGUUCCGGUCCUUAUUUAUAAUUUCCCCGCUGUGCAAUCAGGGUUGGAUCUUAGUUCUGAUGAUAUUCUUGUGCUGGCUGAACACCCUAAUAUCAUUGGUUGUAAGCUCACGUGCGGCAAUACGGGUAAAUUGGCUCGUAUUGCGGCGGGGAAACCUGAAUUCCUCACUUUUGGAGGAUCGGCCGAUUUUACUCUUCAGACUCUGGUUGCUGGUGGUGCAGGUAUCAUCGGUGGUGUUGCCAAUAUGAUUCCUAGAUCUUGUGUGCGGGUUAUGGAGCUUUAUCGGGCUGGGAAGGUGGCUGAGGCGCAGAGGUUACAAGGGAUUGUUGCUCGAGCGGACUGGGCUGCUAUUCACGGUGGCUUCAUUGCUGUCAAGAGUGGCUUGCAGACUUAUCGUGGAUAUGGUGGUCUGCCUCGACGGCCGUGUGUUGUUCCCUCGGUUAAGGAGGCGGCGGCCAUUCAGGAGGAGUUCCGAGAGGGAAUGGAAUUGGAGAAAUCGCUUGAGGCUUGA